AUGGAGGGAGCAAAGACAAAGACAAUGAGUUCUGGGAAAGCUGCAAAUAUUCUUGCUCUAGGGAAGGCAUUUCCUCACCAGCUAGUCAUGCAAGAGUUUCUAGUGGAUGGCUAUUUCAGAAACACCAAUUGUGAUGAUCCUGACCUCAAGGAAAAGCUCACCCGACUCUGUAAAACAACAACAGUGAAAACAAGGUAUGUGGUUAUGUCGGAAGAGAUCCUGAACAAGUACCCCGAGCUCGCUGUCGAAGGCCUGCCGACAGUAAAGCAACGCCUGGACAUAUGCAACACGGCAGUAACGGAGAUGGCGAUCGAGGCCUCAAAAUCAUGCAUCGAGAAAUGGGGCAGACCUGUUUCGGACAUCACACAUCUAGUCUACGUUUCCUCCAGCGAAGUUCGCCUCCCUGGUGGUGAUCUAUACUUAUCCAAAGGACUUGGCCUGAAGCCCGAAACAAACAGGGUCAUGCUCUACUUUUCGGGCUGUUCAGGUGGUGUGGCUGGGCUCCGUGUAGCCAAAGACAUCGCUGAGAACAAUCCAGGGAGCCGGGUGCUUCUCGCGACAUCUGAAACGACCAUCAUUGGAUUCAGGCCACCAAGCCCUGAACGCCCGUAUGAUUUAGUUGGGGUCGCGCUGUUUGGGGAUGGCGCCGGAGCCAUGAUCAUCGGGACAGGGCCUGUUUCGUCACCAGUCAGGGAAAACCCGCUUUUCGAAUUGCAUACAGCGAUCCAGCAUUUCCUGCCUGAUACAGAGAAGAUCAUCGAUGGAAGGCUUACGGAAGAGGGAAUCAGCUUCAAGCUAGGCAGAGAACUGCCACAGAUAAUUGAGGACAACAUCGAAGGUUUCUGUAAGAAACUGAUGGGUGAUGCUGGAUAUAAUGAGGAAGAUUACAAUAAGAUGUUCUGGGCGGUCCAUCCAGGAGGGCCGGCGAUACUAAACAGGGUGGAGAAAAGGCUGGAUUUGUUGCCGGAGAAAUUGAAUGCCAGCCGGAGAGCUUUGGCAGAUUAUGGAAAUGCAAGUAGUAAUACCAUAGUUUAUGUGCUGGAGUAUUUAUUAGAAGAGAAGAAGAAGAAGAAGAAGGAGAUGAAAGAAAGGAGCAAAGAUGAAGAAGAAUGGGGAUUGGUGCUUGCAUUUGGCCCUGGAAUUACCUUCGAAGGCAUUCUCGCCAGAAUUGUCGCUGUUUGA